AAGAAUAAUUUUCAAGCUCUGAUUUAUUUAUUUUUUCUUCCUGAUAAGACUUAAAUAUAAUCAUGUUUUUUUUUUGCAUUUCUACGUCGUAAGAAUUCACCGAAAUACCUACGUUCAUACAGAAAUGAUUAAGAUUGUUUUAUGAUAUGACUAACAUCAAUACAAAAAUGUUAUGUAUUGGUUUCUAAAUUUUCUCUUUUUAACAAACCGGAAGCUUCAACAGUUACAUAAUGCCAAAGUCCGACAGCAUGUGAGGACCGGAGACCGGUGUACGUUGGAAGUGACUUUGAAUGGUGGGGGUAAAGCUGGACAUUUAGAAUGGAUUCUGGGCUUCAGACACGAGCCAAACACAAUAAGCCUGUGUUUGGGCUGUUAUUUUUUAAGCGGUUUGCUAAACUGACGGGUUACAUGUUCCCGUCCUGGAGAAGUGUCCAGGUCCUUAUAUGUAUCUUGCUGCUCAUUCUUGGACUUCUGGAACAAGUGGUGAUAUUUUAUAUUGGAAACAUUCCGUCCAAGUAUUACAAGGUGUUUGGGGAUCGCGACAUGGCAGGAUUUAGGGAAAAAACAAUUAUGGCUGUUCUCCUCAUCACAGCUGAAGCUUUCAUAAAGGCCUCCACCCUCUACCUUGUUUCUGUGCUGUACAUCAAGUGGAGGGGCUGUAUCAACGCAAAAAUACACAAACUCUAUUUCACUGAUCUCGUCUAUUACACGGUCAAUAUGGCCGGCAAAAUCGACAAUCCGGACCAGCGGAUCACCCAGGACUUGGACAGGAUGUGUGACAACUUCAGUCAGAUCUUUGCCCCGAUUAUCAUCGCCCCCUUCACCAUCGCUUAUUACCUGUAUAAAAGUGUACAAAGCACAAGUUACCUGGGUCCUGUUGGUGUCCUUUCUUUCUUUAUUGUUGCCACGGUGAUCAACAAGUUACUGAUGUCUCCAGUUGUUCAUUAUGUGUUCCGAAGAGAAAAAAUGGAGGGAAAUUACAGAUUUAAACACAUGUUACUAAGAGCUAAUGUUGAGUCAGCCGCGUUCUACAGGUCGGGUGAGAUAGAGAAGUUCUACACGGAUCAACGGCUACAUCGUCUCCUGAGAACCCAGCACAGCCUAAUACUGAGGCAGUAUGCCCUCAAUUUCUCGGUGAAUAUAUUUGACUACCUGGGAGGAAUACUCAGUAACAUUUAUAUAUUUGUAGUCUCGGUGAAUAUAUUUGACUACCUGGGAGGAAUACUCAGUUACAUCCUUCUUGCCUUCCCGAUAUUCAAUGGAGACUUUGACAGUGUCUCACCCUCAGAUUUUUCAUCACUCAUCAGUGCUAACUCCUUUAUCUUUAUGUACCUCAUCAACUGCUUCACUCGUCUGAUUGAUCUAUCAUUAAAAGCAGCAGAAGUAGCAGGUAAUGCUCACAGAGUUGGAGAGUUGAUAGAAGAAUUACAACAGGUAAAAGACAAGCAGAGGACCCUUAAUUAUGUCAAGGACAGCCAUCCACCAAACCCUGCCAGUGAACAAGUUGAAUUAACAGAUAUCAAUAUUGACAGCCAGAUGACCCAGAAAGCUCUAACCGUGUCAGAGCUUACAUAUGCCCCACCCAAGUCCAGUGACAUUCUCUGUAAAAAUUUAACAUUCCAGCUGGAGGCAGGGGUCAACAUCCUGGUGACUGGGGAUUCAGGGUGUGGCAAAAGCUCCUUACUGCGGGUCAUAGCUGGUCUGUGGCCUUCAACAAAUGGCAGUGUAAGAUUUCAUGAAGUUGUGAGUCCUAGUAAGAUUCUGUUUCUACCACAGAAACCCUACUUCACAGACGGCACUCUGAAACAACAGGUUAUUUAUCCCCUGAAAGAAACAGACCAUGGCUCAGUUUCUCUUGAUGAUGAAACCAUUCACCAGUACAUGGAACUGACAGGAUUGCAGACCCUCACAGAGAGGUCCUUGGGGCUGGAAAACUACUCCUCCAACGAUUGGUAUCAGGAGCUGUCUCCCGGUGAGAUGCAGAGACUGUCUUUUGUCCGUCUUUUCUUCCAUCAACCCAAGUUUGCAGUAUUAGAUGAAGCGACGAGUCAGAUUGGAGUGGACCUAGAGCGGGUGUUGUACUCCAAAUGUCAGGAGCUGGGGAUCACUCUGAUGAGCGUGGGCCACAGGAAAACCCUCCGGGAGUUCCACCAACUGGAGCUCCGCCUACAGGGGAGGGGCAACUGGACAAUUCAGCCAAUCACAGACAGUAUUAUAUCCUGAUGCCUGCCAAACAUAGAUACAGUAUAACAAAUUUCAUUAUGUAGUGCAGCAAUGAUGUGAUGAUUAUGCUUGUCAUGUAAACUCAUUGGAGAAAGUUAACUUUUUUUAACACUUCUUUUAUUUUUUGAGGGCAUUUUUAUUUUUUUUUCCACACUUUAGAAUCAUGAGGCAUUUGUUUAUUUUUAAGAAUAUAUAUUUUGUAGUAAAUAUUACAAGUUACAUAUACAGUAGGUACUUAAGUAAAUAUUGUGGGAUCAUUUAUAUUUUUGUUAGAACCAAACUUUUAGUAAUUGUCCUACAUACUCAGGACCUUGGGGAUAUGUGAAUAGAAUGUUUUCAUAAUAAAAACCUUCACUCUUUCAGUGUUUUAAGGUGAAAUAACACACCUAGAAAAAGUCACUCAAAUUAACAGUAAAUUAUUUGAUUAUGAAAGUUGUAAUGAUAAACAAACUGUACAUAUGUCAAAUAUGCGAAAAAUUUGCAGUUUAGGUUUAAAAAUUGAAUGUCUAAAAAAAUUCAAUUCAGUAAGUAACAACAAAAGCCUAUAAGGGAUUUGAACUCGGGAUGUACAGAUCACAAUCCCGACUUUUUAUCCAUUCAGCUAUGGAGUAAGUUACAUGUUGCCGUCGAUAAAAUCCUUUAAUAAAACGAAAUAUCAUUUGAAUCAGAGGUCUGCCAUUUUGUAAUGAUGUGUUAUUCCACCUUAAUGGUAAUAUAUAGGGGUUUCUGCAAGCAUAAUCACCAAUUUUCUUUAUGUUUUUUAUAUGGAUACACAUUAAAUAAUGUAAAUUUGUAGCAAAAUACCAUCAAUUUGUUGCUAAGGGCAACUGUUGUCUUGGUAAUGGAGACCAGAGAUAGAAAAAUAGCAAAUCAUAGCAACUUUGAAGUAAUAUUAUGAUAGAAAGUAAUUGCAGGUUAUAUAAGAUAUGAAAUAUUAAAUAUUAGAUAAAUAAUAUAAUCAUAUUUCAAAUUAAAAAGAAAACAUUGAUGGGCAAAUCAAUAUCUAAAGAAUAUUGUUACCAUAAAAGCUGGUGAUUGUUUUCAAAAAGUGAUUUUUUUAUAUAUUAUUUUAAUACCACAGAAGUUAUCAUUAAAUCAAACUAGCAAGUUUGCAGCUGUUUUUAAAUGUACAUGUUUGAUAAGAAAAUUGACACAUAUUGUUAUGAUAACAAGGUUAAAGAUAAGAAAAAAUGAAAAAUCAUGCUAUUAUGAAAAGCGAGAAUGCUUGUUUUAAACACAAUUUAGAACCAUUCUUUGUAAAUGGUACCAAUUAAAUCUAAGAAAUUUGAUCUUCCAUAUGAUAAUUAAACUGUAUGAUCCAACUACCGGUAUGUAUAUUUAUAAGCGUUAUAAUUUUGAUUGACACAAAUACUCGCACACAUAAUGGUUUCUUAAAGAUAUAGGUCUUCCAUUUCAUAAAAAGUUACAUGUAAACCAAGUUGGUGAGCAUUUUUAAAUUUAUUUGUAUUGAAUAAUAAUAAUUUCAGGUAUUAUUGUUUUUUAAAUUUUUUAGCUUCACAAUCAAGAAUUUGUAUUGAUAAUUUGAUGUGUGUUAUACUAGCAUAAACAUCAUUAUAACAUGAGAGUAAUAUCAACAAUGGACAGUACUGGGCAUGUUACAGAUGAAUCUAUAUAGAGAAGUAGUUCUGAUUUUAACUCAGGAAUUCUGUUUGCUUUAUCUGAGAUUUCUAAUUGUUUUCUUGUUAAGUGUGUGAGAUAUUGGAUAUCUGUUUUUGCUGUGGUUUGUUAAUAAGGAGAGAUUUGUGUAUACCCAUCCAAUGGGAUGUCUGUGUAUUGAUUGAUAUAGGUAUAUAAAAUUGAUAAACCAAAAACUUUU